AUGUCAUCGCUUGCGUGGUGCCAGGUUUCUCUCGGGCCCGGAUUCAUGUGGUACCGUCCUUCUGAGCACCUUUCGCGCCUUCCCCCCCUCAGGCCUCACGUUUCGUCGCUCUGGCACUGGACCUGUCAUGACUCAGCUUCCGUCCUCCUUGGAAAGGUCCUCCGUUUGCAACACAGUGUUCGGAUGCACAUUCCCAGCAAGGAGAGUUCGACACUCAAACGCGUGAAGAUUGCCAAACUGACAUAUGGCUGGUCGCACAUUCUUCCUUUGACGGGGCCAGAUUUCACGAGCCGGGGAAGAAGAAGGGUGUCCUUAUUCCCCAUCAUUGGGGGGGCAUCUAUGGAGCCCCGGGCUGCUUUCUUCCCCACUAUUAUGCUUUUACGAGUGGCCGACGUUGUGAAGUGGAGAGGCCGGCAUUACAUGAAGCAUCGGGAUGGUAAUAGACGCGACCCCUUAUCACAACGGACUCGUUCCCUUAACAAACGGGAAAAAAAGGGCCAUCUAAUUCUGCCCUAUCGCCCACGCUCAAAUAAGAGGCGCGUGAUGAGUAAAUUCGUCUUUAUGCGCAGGGAAGAGGAAACAAAGGACGGGUUGGAUAUCUCCAAGGAAAUGAUAAUUGCGCGACGAUGGAAAGAAAUGUCUGAGUUCCCCGUUCAGAUCAUAUCAUCACUCGCAAAUACCGCCUCAGAAUAUACGUUCCAGCUCGGGUCUUCUAACCUAGCCAUUCCUACACCGGAAAAUCGUUCUGCACAGGGUUAG